CAUAAAAGCAUUCUAGCAAUCCACAAUUUUAUUAAGGACAAAACUAAUUCCAUAGCUGGUAAUAUUUUAAGCCAAAGUUCAAGUGUUAUUAAUCUCAAGUCUGUAUCAGAAAAUUUCAUCGAAAGCAACAGGAGUCCAUAAUGCAUGCAGGAAACGAAAUUGAUAACUGGAGUUAUAUUGGGUAUGUAGGAAAUUUAACAUUUUGACAGAAUUUGAUUUGGUAAGAAAGUUUCCAUAUUUUCUAAGCAGAGUUAAUUGAGAUACGUCUACAAUAUUUUAUUCACUUGUCAAAUUAAAAUCGUCGGUGUCUGAGCUUGACCCCCCAAUACCUAUCGAGAGAAAGCUCCUGGAAGUAAAAUCUGUGACUUCAAUAGCAGAAAGGAAUACACGCCACUGAAAAUGGACUCCAUUAGAAGCUCACAAAUAACUGAAGGCAUACAACGCAUAUCAGAGUCAGUGUUUGUGGGACUGUGUCGUAUAGUGGGUACCUCACAACUGGUGGCCUCGAGGAGAGAUAUGGUGGACAUUAGGGAUACUUUGAUAAAUCAAGUGAAAAAAAGUGAUGAGACCAGUGAGAUGGUGAGUGGAAGUUACAGAGAAGGAUUCCGACUGAAAGAAUCAGAUUUAGACGAAAUGUUCUGGCCAAAUGAUCACCGUGUGAUCUGGGAAUUAUCUCAGUCUCAGUAUUACAACACACGCAGACAAACACUGAUCCUAUGUGACUGUUCUGAUAGUCCACCAGGAUUCACUUUGUUAUAUCUAUUUUCACCUAGAACGAACAGAAGAACCCAGAGAGCGUGUGUUAGAAUGAAUAACAGAUAUUAUAUAUCUAGUUCUAAAUACAGACAAAUCUCUUUAUCUUAUGUAAUAGUACCUUAUAAUCCCACUCUACAUGGACCAUGUGUCAGUGGAACAUAUGGAAAAAACAAAUAUGAUCAAGCCCACUGUUUUUUCAGUGACUUUUGGCCUCCCUCUGCCUCCUCAUGGAUAGACAGAUGUCACUCAUGGCCCCAACCUCAUGUUGUUGAUGAUAUAGUGAAAAAUGGAUGUCACUUUGUAGCAAUUGGACAUAAGCUAGGAAAUUAUGAAGAUCAUGAAUGGAGAAUUUCUUUCUCUCUGGCAGAACAAAAACUAAUAAGUACAAUGAACCACUGUCAAUUUUUAACAUAUGGCUUACUUAAAUUGUUCUUAACAGAAAUAAUUAACAAUGGAGUAGGUGAUGAUGAUAAAUUACUGUGUUCCUAUCAGAUGAAGACGGCAGUUUUCUGGGUGAUUCAACAAAAUACAAUACCUCACUGGUGUCCACAAAAACUCUUGGGGGGUUUCUGGGUCUGUUUAAAACUCAUCCUCAAAUAGGUGUAUGA